GAAGCACGCCCUGCCAGUCUAACAAAUCAUGCUACUUUCAAGGCUCAGUGAAGGAAACAUUUUGCCGUUGACGAGAGAAGGUUCUUCAAAUCUUAUCGAUGACUCUAAUGUUAAAACUUCAUAAAGGUUACCUUUUUUAUAACCAUUUCGAACGGCUGCUUAUGUAGGUGAACAUCAUCAGCUUUGAUCCUCCGGUAAAUGAUAGGACGCACUCACUGGUCAUCUUUGUUCAAUCAUCAGGUCAGCUGACCAUGGAGGACAGAACAGACAGUCCCACAGCUGUGAAGGUGGAGGAGCACUCUCGGGGUGUCAUCCUGACUUAUUUCCAGGGGGACAUCAACAGCAUGGUGGAUGCUCACUUUAACCGUGCUCUCAGCAAAGUCUGCAAGGCCAAGGCGCCGGGAGCGAAGAUAAAGAAAAUCCGUAAAACUAUUAAACUGGAGGAUAACAGCCCCUUUCAGGGGAGACCUGCUGACUAUUUCUCAGACUCACAGGCCCCUCCCGCAGCAGGACGGCUCCCCAACUACAGAUCUGCCGAAGAGACUCCUGGAUCGUGGCCCUUGUUCACUACCAGGGCAGGAGAGGAACCGGGGCUGCCGUCUAUCACCUACUCUCUGUCCCCAGAAGGGUUGAGUAUUACUGGACAGCAAUACACCACAUCCCUGCUGAACCUGCUGCAUAUUGACCAGGGGGAAAUGGGACCCAGCAUGGCCUCCAGCUCCAAGCCAGAUAUGCAUCCCAGUUGGAUGUUGCCGCAGGGAUUUAGAGACCCUGUGGACCCUGCUGUGGGCUUCGAACCUGGACGGCGUCUGGAAAAGAAGGACUUAUACUGGUAUUGAGUGGCUGCUGCAGCAACAGUAACAGGAAACAGCUUCGACCACACCACACACUAGGGGCUUUACCUGGCUUUCGGUUGAGCUGUCAGAUAUUCUCUCGUCAAACAGGUCCCACUGAGAGUCAUCUGAGAAUACACACAGAAGAAACAUUGCAACGCUUCGAUUCCCUUCUUUCCUUUUCUCAGUAAAAGUGGCCUCAGUACGUCAGCAUGCACCAACAGGAACAGCCUUUCUGAAAGGGAAACAGUCUCUGAUAAACCUGUUCUGCAACUAUGUCACUCCUCUUGUAUCUUAAAGUACUGUAUAUAUUGUUGCUCCUGUUGGAUAAAGGGCAUUUUCUUGAGCCCUUAUAUCCACUUAUGUUUGUGGGCCCACAAAGGUUAAUACACCAGUAUUACAAAAAGUGUGUAAAAAUGAAUGUUAAUAUCUGUCUGCAGUUCAUCUAUAUAACUUUAAAUUGCUGUGAGUAUAUUUUAUUUUCAAACAAACAAACCAAAUGAAGGAUGAUCAUUUUAAAGUUAAACACUUGUUUUCUGUAUCUGUAACUUGUUUUCAAUUGUACAAAAAUACAAUCAUAUACAAAAGUUAAAUAAAUAUCUGAGCAAACAAACAAAAA